GCAAAACAACACAUUCGAAGACACAAUCUUGAGAUGAAAUUCAACAUUUAUCUUGUCAAAAUUUCACUGAUAAUAAUGUUUUUAUUCGAUAAGAAAUGUCAUAUCACUUAAAAGUUCAGCUCUUGAACGGGACUUUAACUUAUUGUGUCAGAAUAAGUACUUGGCUUUGUUUUGUUGAUGUGUAAAAAGUAUAAUAAUGUUCAGUUCGCGAGUGAAUACGGGUAUUGCUUUUGGCUUGUUCCCUGUGAGCCCGCCCUUGGCGACGAGUCUUUUGACGGCUAACCUCUUCAUGAGCAUUCCUCGGUCUAUGGAACAAUCAUGCCGGUUUAAUAUGCCGGUGGCAGGAAAUAACGGAGCCAUGGCUGAUGUGGGGGUGUCACAGUCGGUGCUUGUGGAGCCAAGAGGAGACAAUGGCAGAAAGUUGCCACAGUAUAUUGCUGCUUUGUCAGCCACUCUUGGUGCCCUGGCCGCUGGUUCCAUGCUCGGCUGGUCUUCGCCUGUCGUCUUCAAGAUAACCCAGGCGAACAGUACGGACUAUGAUUUCGAUGUAUCAAGCACCCAAGGUGACUGGGUAUCUUCUUUAAUAAAUCUUGGAGCUGCUGCCGUUUGUUUCCCUAUUGGUUUAAUCAUGGAUGCCAUAGGAAGAAAGAAGACUAUGCUGCUGCUAACCUUACCAUUCACUUUAGGCUGGCUACUUAUAACCUUUGCCCCAAAUGUUGGGACUCUGAUGGCGGGAAGGUUUAUUACUGGUGUUGCUGGUGGUGCCUUUUGUGUCACUGCUCCUGCAUAUAACAGUGAAAUCGCACAGGAUUCGAUACGGGGAACUUUAGGCAGCUUUUUUCAACUGAUGAUAACAGUGGGUAUACUUUUCGCUUAUGCGGUGGGCAGUUAUACGAGUGUUUUUAUCUUUAAUAUACUCUGUACACUGAUCCCUAUAAUAUUUGCAUUGAUAUUCUUCUUUAUGCCAGAAAGUCCUAACUUUUUGGUUGUAAAAGGUAAAUUAGAUGAAGCCAGAGAAUCUCUUAUCAGACUCCGCGGUAGGAAUUACGACGUUGAUAGUGAAUUGACCAAUCUUCAAAACAAAGCAGAGGCAGCCAAGAGCAAUCCAGUGUCUUUUCUCUCGGCGAUCACUAAGAAAACAGCCCUCAAAGCCUUACUCAUUUGCUACGCCCUUAUGUUGUUCCAACAAUUAUCCGGCAUAAAUGCUGUAAUUUUCAACACCUCUGCGAUUUUCUCCAGCGCCGGAGCGACUAUACCAGCGCCGAUCGCCACAAUCAUAAUUGGGGUCAUCCAAGUCAUUGCCACUUUUAUUUCCAGUGUGGUGGUCGAUAGAUUGGGCAGACGUAUCUUGCUUCUAUUCUCUGCUCUCGUGAUGUGCUUGUGCUCGACAGCUUUGGGCGUUUUCUUCUUUUUGAAAGACACUCAUGGUGGGGAGUCGUCGAUAGUUGAAGCGAUAUCUUGGCUGCCAUUGCUCUCUUUGUCGUUGUUCAUUGUUUCGUUUUCUCUUGGUUUCGGUCCGAUCCCCUGGAUGAUGGCUGGUGAAUUGUGCUUGAUCGAUAUCAAAUCAUUCGUCGGCUCAACUGCUGGUACUUUCAACUGGCUUCUCAGUUUCACUGUCACGAGCACUUUCAAUUCCUUAAACACGGCUAUCGGCUCUGGCCAAGUCUUCUGGAUGUUCGCUGGCAUCAUGGUGUUAGGAUUCGUUUUCAUAUUCUUUAUCGUACCGGAAACUAAGGGUAAGAGUGUCGAUGAAAUUCAAAUAAUGUUGGGUGCGGAACCUGAAACACAGACAAAUGUCGAUGGAAAGAAAUAACAAUCAUAGAGACUGAUAAAGUAUUUUUGUACGAAAAGUUACUAGGUAGUCUAUGGUUGGCUAAUUCUAGUUGUCUUUGGUGUUACAAAUCGCAAUCUGGUGUGCUUCGUAAGCAAUUUAGUUACUGCUCUUUUACCAAAGAUUCAAUCGUCUGGAUUUGUUAAUUCGUCGACUUUAAUGUUAAGACAUGAAAACUUAGCCUACACAUAGUUAAUUUAUUAAAUGUUUAACUGUAAUUAAUGCUCAUGGCAGCUUUUU